AUGGUGUUCCAACAGUCUGGCGAAUCUUUGAAAGAUUAUAUAGAAAGGUUCAGGUGCAAAGUGAAUAAUGUGGAGAGCCCCUCCGAUGAAAGUAUCCUGAUCGCGAUCUCCGUCGGGCUUCGAAAGGAUGGGAAGCUUUACAAAAGCAUUUACAAGUCCCCAAUAAGAGACCUCGGCGAGUUUUAUGAGCGAGCUGCAAAGGAGGACAGGAUCUUUGCCACGGAGCGCAACAAGGAAGACUUUGGAAGGCCUAACCCUCUAAGGACUCCCGACAAAUACAGAAGCAAGAGCAAAUUCUGUGCCUAUCACAACGAGGCAGGGCACACCACCUCCGAGUGUUGGGUGCUAAAGGACACGAUUGAAGAACUAAUCAGGAGGGGUCGGCUAUGGAUUUCUAACAUAUCACACGAACGGUAUGUUAGGGAAGCCAGUCACCUUCUUCUCGUUGGGGAUGGCAGCCAGGAAGGAUCCUCCAACAAAGCCAAAAUGGCUUUAGAUGAUAUCUUUUUCACCAAGAGUGAUUCCAAGGACGUGCACUGGCCGCACAAUGAUGCCUUCGUAGUCCGAGCUAGGAUUGGCAACAUAGAGGUGCAAAAGAUCAUGGUGGACACGGGUAGCUUAAUAAACGUCAUGUACAGGGGAUGUUUUGACCAAAUGGGACUAGGGCCAGACCAGCUGAUAGCCUCUCCAGAGCCGCUGUAUGGAUUCACUGGCAAUGCAGUAAUCCCGAAAGGAUGUAUAAAACUCUCACUAACAGUUGGGGAAUCAAGCCUCCAGGCCACAGCAAAGGCAGAUUUCCUUAUCAUUAAUAGUCCUUCCAUAUACAACGUCGUCAUGGGGGAAGAGAAAAAGAUUGGUUCUUCAAUCUUUUUCUCUUUUUCUAUCUCCUCCUCAAAUUACUAUAUGUCAAAAAUGAUAGAUGUCUAA